GAGGAGCUGGGACAUGAGUAAAAGAAGAGGAAAGACGCGACCCCAUAAUGAAAAGCAAUCUUGGAUUCAGCCUGACGUUUCUGUCAUCCGGAAUAACUUGCACUGCCAGAUAGGUGUGCUGUGUGUGGGCAGACAGCGACAACAUAAUGGUCAGUGUGCACAUGAGCAUGGUAACACUACGGCAGCUUAUAGGCAUGAAGAUGAUACCGUUCUUCACUCUACACAGGCGGCUGCCAUGUUUGCAUGGUGCAGUGGGUGCAGUUCGAUGGAGGAGCAGCUAUAAACAAGCCCCUGUACUAACAGCCACACCGGUUCGUACCCUCAUAGAUGAACCCAUCAGUGUUAAAGGACAUUUCUUGACACCACACUCUCCAGUUACAGUGUGUGCACAAAUGCACAGUGAAGAUGGGGACCUGUGGGAGGCAUUUGCCCACUACAAUACAAAUGCAGAUGGCACUGUCAACUUGGCCAGGGAUCAUUCAGUCGGGGGUUCAUAUUUGGGCUGUGAGCCAAUGGGACUCCUCUGGGCACUGAAGCCAGCACCGGGUGCACGAGAAGGUUUGAGACUGAGGAAAAAAAACGUAGAGACUCCAUACAUGGUGCAGAUGUCUUUACUGGAGAGCCACGUGUCACCCAGUCAGCUACAGAGCGCUGAGCUGGCUACUGUGACUACUGAGCGCUGGUAUGUGGCACCAGGUGUAAAGAGAAUAGACAUUCGCCAAAAUGGAGUUGUAGGAACUUUGUUCUUACCGCCUGGUCCAGGCCCAUUUCCAGCCAUGCUGGACCUGUGGGGAAUGGGCGGAGGACUAGUAGAGUACCGCUCUGCCCUGUUUGCAUCCAAGGGCUAUGCUAGCCUUUCCCUCGCCUACUUUGGGCACAAAGAUUUACCUCCCCCACAGAAUACCAUCAACGUUGGUGAUGCAUAUUUCAAGUCAGCAUUCGAGCUGCUUCGUGAUCAUCAUCAGGUCUGUGCCGACAGAGUUGGGAUCAUCGGUCUCUCCUUUGGAGUCUACGUGACUCUUCAAAUUGCCACUCAGACUGGUGUCAAACCAUCCUGUUUGAUUUGUAUCAACGGCCCAGUAGGAAGUACCAUCAAGCUCCCAGACUCAAAUGGAAAGAAGGAAAGCUUUGAAAGUGAAGAGAAAUAUUGGACUUAUGAUGAUAAAGGCCAUGUCAGUUUUAGAGAUAUUUCCUUGCCUGCAAACCUUCAACCUGAGAGCAAAGUGAAGAUUGAGAAAGUUGCCUGUCCACUAAUGUACAUAGUGGGUGAAGACGACCUGAGUUCCUCGAGCAUUGAGAAUGCAAAUGUGAUCGAAGAGACCCUGACAGCUGCAGGUAAAUCCCACCUGUUUACCCGUUUGUCUUAUCCCGGUGCUGGUCACCUAAUUGAACCACCUUACUCACCAAACGUAAGAACGUCGCUGUGGAGCGUCAAACCAAGAAAACUCAUCACUGUGUGGGGAGGUCACCUCGCACUCCACGCUGCUGCCCAGGAGGAUGCCUGGAAGAAAAUCCUGGGUUUUAUGGAAAGUAAUCUGAGGGGGUGAAGUCUUGUUUUAUUUGAGGACUGCACAUGCAGAGAACGUGCAUGUUUUGUUUUUAAGAUGCAGAGCAUUUCCUGCAACUGGCGUGCAACUAAUUCAAAAGCGGUAAUGCAGCAAAAGCUGGAAGCCAACCGCCAUAAAAAAAAAAGAAGAAGGACUAAUUCAAAAAAUCACACGCUCACUCAUUCACAUUUAGCAAGCUGCAGAUCCUCCACAGGGUGGGGGUGUUCAGUCACUGUCAGAACAUUACUUUGCCCGUUAACAUACACUGCAUACAGGAAGGAGAAGGCAGAUCAGCUGCUGCUUAGACCCGUACAUGUUAUGUUGCCAGUUGCUACUGGCACGUGCAACUGUGACAUUACCCGGGUAGUUUGGGCACUGUGAUCAUCAAGAGCUGUUUUCAGAGUGAGUCGGUGAUCAGAGUUGGUCAUUGUAAUCCAUUUUUAAUGUAUUUUAAUUUACUGACUUACUGGUUUUAAAAGUUCUUCUGUUAUUUUUAUCCUUCAUCAUGAGGUUUGAUGAAGAUAUAAUAAGAUAAUAAGAUAUAAUUGUGUUUUGUUGAACCUGUCUUUAAACUUGAUUCUUUGUCCAGUAAGAGUUUUAAGUGCUAAUCAACUCACAGCUGACAAGUUUUCUGCAGGUUUAGACCCAAGCGCAUUGAAGAUGUCAGCUGGGUCAAAACUCAGCACCUGCUCAUUAUGGUGUUGGGUGACAUUCACUGCUGGUGUGUUGUUUAGUGUGUCAAACCGUGCAAAGUGCUUAUUGAGGUCAUUCAGGAAUUCAGUGUUGUCAUCACAGGAUAUGGGAGUGGUUUUAUAGUCUGUGACAGACUGAAUUCCCUGCCGGUCUCCUGGUGUCUUUGUGAUCCUGAAAGUGAUCCUGAAUUCUCUGACCAUGGGCUCUUUUUGCCAAUCUAAUUGCUUUGUUCAGAUUGGCACGUGCAGUCCUGAGGGCAGCCGAAUCACCAGAUUUAAAGAGAGUUUCUUGCUUUCAGCAGGGCUCGAACCUCAGCAGUCAUCCAGGGUUGCUCUUUACACUCUGACUGUGAUUUCUUUUUUGACAUCACAGAGUAGGGUCUUGUUCAAUCCUUUAACACACAAUGCUCCUCCGUUUUGGAUAUAGUGGUUCCUUGUAAAAUGUGACUUGUCCCCUCCAUAAAUUCUCCCGCUGGUUAAAUGACACAAUUUGUUGUUAAGGCGUACAUGUCGGCAUGCAGAUCGACCUUUGGAAAUCCACUGAGCUUUAUCGUCUUUAGUACAAAGACCUUCUUAACUGAGUUAAACAACAUGGUUAAAGAUACGAAGGCAUCUUAUUUUGCCAACUUUAUUUCCACCAGUAAACACAACCCCAAAGUCCUGUUGGACAUCAACAACAUUGUCACUCCUGCACUUCCUGAUGUGCCUGUUUUGUCAAAUAAGCAUUGCAAUCAUUUUGUCUCCGUCUUGGUAGAUAAGAUUAGAGAUGUGAGGACUAGCAAUUUCCCGUCCUCUAUUCCCCUCUCUACAUAUGAUGUUUAGCCUGUUUUAGCUGGUUUUUAAUUAGAUUUAAUUUAUUUUUCAAAUCCUGAGACCUGAGUACUACAUCUCGCUCACAUGUCUGACAUGAUGACUGACAAAUAAAGCAUCUUGAAUCUUGAAUGCAGUUCAGCUAUCAAUUUUGGACUGUUUUCUCCCAUUUCCUUGCAAGACCUCACUGAUCUGGUGGGCAGUAUGAAACCCUCCUCCAGUCCUGACUCACAUCACACCCAUUUUAUAAGUUCUUUUUAUUUGCUUCCCAUCAGGCUUAUGAUUUAUUUUAAGGUUAUUGUUUUCACAUAUAGAGUCCUGCAUGGACAGACACCUGAGUACCUGUGACCUUGUCCAUGCCUAGGUCACUUGGUGUUUUGAUCAGGACCCUCUCUCUGACCCUCACUCUCCACUGAAAACAAAAGGUGUUCAUGCCUUUCGUGUGGUAGUGGCUCCAACACUAUGAAACUUUCUUCUUUUAGACAUGAGGUCUGCAGUCUUGUACAAGCUUUUAAAAAUCAACUGAAGACCCAUCUUUUCAAAUUGGCCUUUGUUUCACCUUAAGUUGUGUAGCAAUUGUACUUUUGUGUGU